CAUCCUGAGAUGUGUCAGAGCAAGACAGGAAGUGAGUGAUAUCAGGGAGAGUCUGGCUUCUCUAGGACUCUGCGCUCUCUCUCACCUCAUCCACAGAGGCCGGGGGCAAGCAGGGGUGGACCAGCAGAAACGACUCUGGGUGGCAUGAAGGAAAAGGCCUUUGGAGAACCAAGAGAUCUGUUGGCUGCAUUUGGAUCUGGGAAAGAGGGGGGAAAAUGGAGGGACAACACCCAGAAGAUCAAGAAGCUGGAAAGGGUGAGGAGACCUGGGCAAGAACCGGACAGAAGAUCCUGGAGAAGGAAAGCAUCAGCUCAGAGGUCCAGUGCUGGCACUUCAGGAGCAUCCAGUACCAAGAGUCCAAAGGUCCACGAGAGAUUUGCAGCCACCUCCACCACCUUUGCCGUCAGUGGCUGCAGCCCGAAAGACGCACAAAGGCUCAGGUGUUGGACCUAGUGAUCCUGGAGCAGCUCCUGGCCCUUCUGCCCCUGCAGAUGGAGGGCUGGGUCCGGGAGUGUGGAGCAGAGACGAGUUCCCAGGCGGUGGCCCUGGCAGAAGGUUUCCUCUUAAGCCAGGCAGAGGAGGAGAAGCAGGAAGAACCACAGGUCCAGGGAAGCUUCCUGGAGACCGUCAUGGAAAAUCCAGAGGAAGGAAGAAGACUCCUUCUCAGAGGCCUCCCCAGGGAAGAUCAGCAUUGUGACGACCCUUUAGCAGACAGUGGAAUGACAUCCACGAUGUUUGUAGGAUCUGCUCCUUUUUCCACCAUCUUUGAAAGAGCAGGUGAAUCUUCAAGGCAGGGUCUCGUAACCUUUGAGGAGGUGGCUGUGUAUUUCUCUGAGGAGGAAUGGUCCUACCUGGAUGCUGACCAGAAAGCCCUCCAUGGGGAGGUCAUGCUGGAGAAUUCAAAGAACAUCGCCUCUCUAGAAAGAGCUCAUAGAGGAGAAAGGAGAAAGUACAACCAACAAUCCCAUGCAUAUCAUCCAGAAGAAGAUAAAAAGAAGUUGGCCAAUGAAACGGGUUCAAAAUGUUUGGAGAGGAAGCAGCUCAUCAAGGGAAUAAACAAAAAAUCCAUUUUCCAGUGUACUUCCACUCAAAACUUUCUCGAUGAGCAAACACAUCGAGAAAAAAAGAAGAGAAAAUGUGCAGGAAACAGCUUGAAAACCUACAAAGAUAGAUUUGAUGUAAGCAAACCUUACAGGAGCCACGCGAUGGGAGAAAAAUAUCCCCGCAAGGAGAUGAAAAAAUAUUCAAAUCAGACCUUCUCUACUCGCGGAAGCAUUAAUGUGGAAGAAAAGCUAUUAUAUAGGUGCAGGGAAGGUGGAGAAAGCUUCGGCAGCCACAGUUCCCUCACUUCCCACCAAAUAACCCACGCAGAAGUGAAACCCUAUAAAUGCACAGAGUGUGGAAAGAACUUCAGAAAAAGCAGUUACCUUACUUGUCACCGAAGAAUCCACACAGGGGAGAAACCCUUCCAAUGUACAGAGUGUGGGAAGAGCUUCAGCAAGAACAUUUCCCUUACUUACCAUAGGAGGAUCCACACGGGAGAGAAGCCCUUUAAAUGUGUCGAGUGUGGAAAGACCUUCAGCAGGAACAGUUCCCUGACUUCCCAUACCAGGAGCCAUUCAGGGGAGAAGCCUUAUCGAUGUCUGGAGUGUGGAAAGAGCUUCCAGUGGCACAGUCAGCUGACUUACCAUAAAAGGAUCCACAUAGGGGAGAAACCCUACGAAUGCAUGGAGUACGGGAAGGGCUUCAGCACAAGCAGCAGCCUCACUUCCCAUAAAAUGUGCCACUCCGACGAGAAACCCUACGAAUGCCUGGAAUGUGGAAAGAGCUUCUGGGGUAGCAGCGCCUUCGUGUCUCACAAAAGGAUCCACACUGGGGAGAAGCCGUACAAGUGCAUGGAGUGUGGGAAAAUAUUCCGAAAGAGCGGUUCCCUUGCUUCCCACCGAAGCAUCCACACAGGAGAGAAACCGUACAAAUGCUUGGAGUGUGGUAAGAACUUCCGGGAAAAUGGAUCACUGACUUCUCACAAAAGGAUUCACCGAGGGGAGAAACCCUAUAAAUGCGCGGAGUGUGGGAAGAGCUUUAGGCAAAGUGGUAACCUGAUUUCCCACAAAAGGAGCCACUCGGGUGAGAAACCGUAUAAGUGUAUGGAAUGCGGGGAGAGCUUUAUGUGGAAUGGUCAGCUUACAUCGCACAGAAGUCUCCACACGGGGGAGAAACCAUAUAAAUGCGCGGACUGCGGGAAGAGCUUCAGCGACAUCAGUCAUCUGACUUCUCACAAGAGGACCCAUACGGGGGAGAAACCAUAUAAAUGUGCGGCAUGCGGAAAGAGCUUCAGCCAAAACAGUUCCCUGACUCUCCAUGAGAGGAUUCACACUGGGGAGAAACCCUAUAAAUGCACAGAGUGUGGAAAGAGCUUCCGUGACAAGAGAUAUCUUCAUUCCCACAAACUGAUCCACACUGGGGAGAAACCACAUAAAUGUACAGAGUGUGGAAAGCACUUCCGUGAAAAGAGAUCUCUUCGUUCUCAUAAACUGAUCCACGCAGGAGAAAAACCAUAUGAUUGCUUGGACCAUAGGAACAGCUUUAGAAAGAGCAAUUCCCUUGUUUAUCAUCAAAGUAUCCACUCAGAUGAGAACUCCUAGAAAUAUUACUUUUACUUGGUUCCAUCCAGAGGUGGUAUUCAGCCAGUUCUGACUGGUUCUAGAGAACUGGUAGGUGAAAUUUUGAG